GUUAUCCGGGUGAGACCCCUCGUAGCCAAACCGGACCCGCUAUUUGCAUACACUCACGAACGAACCAAUGAACGGCAACGGAUUCCAUUAAUUUUCUCAUCCAUUCGAACCUGUACAUCGCGCCGCCGGACGCACCGAUCAAGUUCCUAGACGUCCACCACCUCUGUCAGAUCGUUCGGAAGCCUUUUACCUGCGAGCUGUGAGGGUCUCUCUAUGCCGAGUUGUGUGUGCUACCUACAUCAACGGCUACAACAACACGUGCGUGCGCGAAUGUGAGUAUGUGCAAAACCAUUGCGGUUUUUGAGGUUAUUGCACAUGGGCGCGUCAAAUGCGUGAUUCGCAGAUCGAGUUUGCUCUCGUUUUUUUUUAUUCUCUAAAUCAAAGUCACCUGUGGGUCUAGCUAGUGUCAUUAGGCUGCUGCUGCCGUUGCUGACGUUAGUGAUCGCGCGGUUCAAACUUGAUUGUCAUCGGUUGCUACGGUGACGGCGAACAACGAUCGACGGUUGCUGUAAUCAGUCAGCGUUAGUUGGUGACCUCCAAUUCGAGUGAAUAUUUUUUCUUCAGUGUAUGUGGGCACGUGUUUUCAAUGGAAUAGAGGUGCACUCAAGAAAAAAGCAAUCGAAUACCUAUAUUCCCAAAAUGCAGAAGCAAGGUCAAUGAAAUUGUGCGAGGUGUGUCGUCGCGUGUAUAUUGUUUCUCUCGGGCAUUUGGAAUUCCCAAUUACGCGUGGCGGUUGGCUGCAGCAGAGCGGGAAGAAGGAAAGUGAGUGGUUUGCGUUUAAUCGAAUCUCCAGCUGUUUUGUGUUUGGCGGUGUGAUGAUGCAAAUGGGAUAAUUUAUUCAGUUGCCCAUUCUGCUGCUGGUUCAGGGGUAUCCAGCAGGAAGAGAAAUGAGAAGAAAAGCCGUUCAGUACCGAUCCCGCGGGUGUUGGUUUAAUUGGUAUGUGAAGAAUGUAAAAUAAAAAAAAAAACGGCGCAAGGUGUUUUGUGCGGUGUGCUUAACGACGACGAUCAAUGAAUUCGUUAUUUUCGACGUGCAUUUGAAUUUAUAAUUCCGAAGAAAACGAUACUUCGACUCAGUAGGCCGAUCAUCGCCGGUUCUGAAGAUUUAUCCGUGUGCGCACAACCCAGUCAGUACUGCACACACAGCGAAUAGAUAACGUCAACGGCGGCAGCAGAGGACCGACCGGUGGACCGUCCCAAACCAAAGUGAAUCCGAGAUUGCAGUCCAGCCCGCCUCCCCUCGCUCAGCGUGACUUAAUCCGAUUGACACUCACUGUCGUCGUCCGUCGAAUUUUUUUUUCUGGGAAAUUCCCUCGACGUACUUGUGGAGCUGUACGAUUGCAGUAUCUUGUCGUCUUCGGUGGUUGAUCGGAAUAAUCCCCGGUAUGACCUCAGCGGGCUCGUAGUGUGCGACGGAGUGUGGGGGUGGGGUGGUAGGGAUGUCCUCUGAGUGUCCGAACUGUUCAACAACGGUGGCCGGACUGGUGGGUAUGUUCGAAUCGCAGUCGACAACUGACGUCAAAGGCGCAGCUACCGGCCAUAUUUGUUCAGUGCUCGGCAACGCGCCUACUACGACGAGAGAACACCGUGUAGAAGGCCGAGGAACCGCAGAAGAGAUCGAGGAGUACAAAGAGGGCGGUGCAAUGACUGGAGCAAGAGCGGUCGGAGGCAGUAGGCCUCGCCAGAGAAAGACGGCCGUCUACAAGUGCUACUGGGAUGCCGGGAAAGGGGAUGGGGAAGGGGAACGGCUCUCGGGUUCUGGGUCCGGUUCGUUUUCUUCCGGGGUUGAGAGCGACGAGGACAUGGUCAGGUUUCCGUGCGUCGAACGGCUUAUUGAAAUGUAUGCAAACAUAAUCAAGCAGAAGGAGGCCGAGACGCAGAGCUUCCUGAACAGUAUGACCAUGGAGAAGGGCGGAGGAAGGAGCCGACGGGAUGAUAGUGAUAAAAGACGAUUAGAUAAGAAGCCAGUCGAAGCCGGUGGUGAUAAGACAGGUGCAAACGGUGCCAAUGAAGCACAGUCGAGUUCGACUAGCAGUACGAUACUGGUAGAGCAGCUGGACGCCAGCAGCUCCGUUCGGAUCCGUGAAAAUAGAAGUCCCGUCUCCGACGACGGUUGGAGCACCACUCGGCAAAGCCCUUACUGUUCAAGUGACGAAGAAAGCAGCAAUACCAACGCUAAGCGGAAGAUGAAGAACCGCGAAAAGGUUACCCGAUCGUCCAGUUCGGACUCCGCUCUCGGGCUAGACGAAGACAUCAACCAACAAGAACAACAACAGAUCAUCUCCAGCGUAGGCAAAACUCGUCGACUAACCCUCGGAGUAUUGGACAUCCCACUACGUUCAGCUCUCCUCCCUGUAGCAGAACCGGCACUCCUCCCAAGCUCAGACAGCGCAUCCAUCAAUGCAGCUGUUGACCAGUGUCCCAUGGUCGUCCGCAGCAAGAUGAUCCUGGAAGCUCAGCUCAUAGAACUCCCGCUCGGAACGAGCUCACCCCUCGCAGACUCCGGCUCUACGGAAGCCCUCGGUAGCCCAAACAACUCGAUCUCCCGCCGAGAAUCCGCCCAAAGCUACGUCAGCGAUUCCGGAGUAGACGGCGUCCGCUACGUGCGGACGCCCUCCGUAGUGGUAUCGGACUACUCGGACGACACCAUGUGCGGCAUCACCCUAGAAGAGAUUGAAUACCUGCGGCGUCAUCGUCUUCGCCGGGCAUCCACCGACGGUGACGAUUCGGACAUCAGCGCGGCCUCUUCCUGCAGCAAUCUGAACUACUGCGGUUCAUCGAUCAGUGCCCUCGAGGGUUGUGACUAUCAGUGUGGCCUGCGAACUCCCGAACGGAAGGUUUCCGACUGUUCGACCUGCUCGACGCUCAGCUGCGAAGAGGACGCGGAGGCGGGCUUGAGGCAACGGUUGCAGGAACUCGGUCUGCGGCCACCGGUCAGUGAUCUCAGCGAGAAGGUGUUCCCGGAGCUGGACGCCAAGAAGCGGCCCAAAAAGAAGCCCUCGGGAUGGCGAAAGCUACGCAACAUCGUUCAGUGGACGCCGUUCUUCCAGACGUACAAAAAGCAGCGGUACCCGUGGGUGCAGCUAGCCGGCCAUCAGGGCAACUUCAAGGCCGGACCGGACCAGGGCACGGUGCUGAAGAAGCUGUGCCCCAAGGAGGAGAAGUGCUUUAAGGUCCUCAUGAAAGACGUACUCCGACCGUACGUCCCGGAGUACAAGGGCCAUGUCAACAGCGACGAUGGUGAAUCCACCUACAUCCAGUUGCAAGAUCUGCUCACCGACUUCUACCAGCCGUGCGUAAUGGACUGCAAGAUUGGCGUACGGACCUACCUGGAGGAGGAGCUCUCCAAAGCCAAAGAGAAGCCGAAAUUGCGAAAGGACAUGUACGAAAAGAUGAUCCAAAUCGACCCGAACGCACCGACUGAGGAGGAACACCGCGCCAAGGGUGUCACCAAGCCACGCUACAUGGUGUGGCGGGAAACGAUCUCCAGCACCUCGACGCUCGGCUUCCGGAUAGAGGGCAUUAAAAAGAGUGACGGCACAAGUUCCAAGGACUUCAAAACGACAAAGUCCCGAGAGCAGAUUAUAGAGGCUUUCCGCGAGUUCACAGAAGGAUUCCCGCAUGCUAUGCCCAAAUACAUCCAACGGUUGAAGGCCAUCCGGGCAACCCUUAGCUAUUCGGACUUCUUCAAGCGUCACGAAGUGAUCGGAUCGUCCCUGCUGUUCGUGCAUGAUCGUCACAACGCGAGCGUAUGGUUGAUCGACUUCGCCAAAACGGUGACCCUGCCGGACAAGGUGGACAUCACCCACGAGAACAAAUGGAAAGUGGGCAACCACGAGGACGGCUAUCUGAUCGGUAUCAACAACCUGAUCGACAUAUUCCAGGAGGUGCACGAUGCGCACCAGGCGGCCCUCUCCGAGCGGAUACCGAGGCUAUCGCUACCCGACUUGGACCUGAACCUGGACCUCAGCAAUAACAACAACAACAACAACAACAGCAACAAAUCUAGUAGUAACAAUCACAGUAGUCCACCGACGGCGACGGUAACGAGUGAGCAGCUGCUACAGCAACCGGAAGCACAGCCUUCUUUGGUGGAUGGACUGGGCUCGCUGGAGCUCAGUUCAGCGACGACAACGGAGGCGGAUGGCAGCACUGGCAAUAGCAGCGCUGCCAACUGUCUCAACAACAACAACUGCGACUGCAAAGGGGAUGAUCUGUCCUCGUCGUCAUCCCCACCGGUGACGUCGACACAAUCGACGCCGGACGUUCCGGAUUCGAACAGUUAAUCGCGCGCAACGAUAUUACGGUAACUAUGAGGUCUACCGUUUCUUCUCACGAUUAGAUAAUAAAGAAGCAUUAGGGUCAUUUCAUGUGGAAGUGAUCGAAACAUAGAGAUUGAGGCGUGUCUCAAGUAGCUUAUUGAAUUUUAUCACGGCUGUGGUGAUCAAAAUUUGACUUUGAAACUGUUUGAAAACCUUAAAAUGCUUCGACCUCUUUUUGCGUCCUUUUUAGCUUCCUCAUUUUUUUAAUUUCUAAAAACCUAUUAAAACUAACCACAUUCCUGAUUAAAGCAAAAGUUUUUAACACUUCAAAAGCUCAAUUUUGGCCACCAUAAUCGUAAUAAAGCCAUAAAAAAUGCUACUACAUAAAAGUGAAAUGACCCAGACUAGCAAUUUACACAGCAAAGUAAAAGAGAGCAUUUUUACUAUAAAAAAAUAGUGCAACACGAAAUACGAAACGAGAGCAGUGCAAACACAGUGCUCGCCAACAAGAGUCUGACCUGGGACUGAAACUAACAAGCUGUCGAUUUAUUCAGAUGGAAAGCUGCAAAAAGGGGGGAUUAGUUUUUGCAGAAACUAAACAAAAGGAGGCAAUAUUGAAAUCGGCAAACUCGUAAGCUUCAAAGUCUAAUAGUAUUGUUUUUCGCAAUAAAAGAAAAAGACGUGUUAACUUUUUUUUCUCUGUACAGAACUCAAUCGUUAUUAUUGUAUAUCUUAUGUUUCGUAGACAUUUACGAGUUAUUUAUACAAGCCUUUAUAUACAAAACUAAGAAAAACAGAAGUUGUAUUACACUGCUGUACAAUAAGUCAAUCUGCGCGUUGUUUCUAUAGUGAACCCCCUGACAGUUCAGCUGGGUUGAUAUCGAGAAGAAGAAGAAAUCUCGAUGAACAAAAAUGAAAAAUCAUUGGCUAUUGCAGAUAAACGUUAAAGACCCCAGCGAACGUGCGAGUGUUACUGAGAAAUUUAUUGAGUAGAACUUUUUUUUUAAGGCAGAUGAGAACACACCUAUACUAUAUACUAGAUUUUUAAGCAAAUGUAGCAUGAAUUUUAUUGAAAGGAAUAAAUUAUUUGCAGCCCAGUGCAGUGCUGAAAGUG